CAAAAAUCCCUUGGAAUCGAACUAGCGAAGCCAUCAAUUUCUGUUUUUGAACUGCGAGUUCUCUGUUUGUGUGUCUGCGGGUUGUUGGAGAUGCCUCUGUCUUUCAGGGAUGGUUCGAGUUCUACGGUGGACACUUCUGUGUUUCCUGGUUUUAGAUUCUGUCCAUCUGACGAAGAAUUGAUUUCCUAUUAUUUGAAGCGGAAGCUUGAUGGGCUGGAGCAGAGCGUCCAGGUGAUCUCUGAAGUUGACAUCUGUCGAUUCGAACCUUGGGACCUACCAGACAAGUCCAUCAUCCCAUCAGACAACGAAUGGUUCUUCUUUUGCCCUAGAGGCAAGAAAUACCCAAAUGGGUCGCAAACGAAGAGGGCAACCACGGUGGGAUACUGGAAAGCAACUGGGAAAGAGCGUGACGUCAAGUCUGGUUCUAAUCUGAUUGGAACCAAAAGAACUCUGGUUUUCCACAUCGGCCGUGCACCUGAUGGGGAGAGGACGCAUUGGAUAAUGCACGAAUUUACUGUCAAAGGCAGAGGCCAGGAUUCUUUUGUCGUCUGUCGUCUCCGGAAAAAAGUUCCAAUUAAAGCAAAUGAUGAUAGUUCAAACAGCAAUUCAGUGAGUCAAGGAGAUUUUGCAGCGACAGAUGCUGGUCUUUCCGUUGUGAACCACCAUGGAAAUGUAAUGAAGCAGGCAGAGACAAGAAUGGGAGAAGAGGUUGAGGAAACAGGAUGUUUAUCCACGAAGCAAAGCAGCACUUUGGAUACCCUCUUUAUAGAACAAAGUGAAUCUACAUCUGAAUCCGUUCAAAAGAAUGGAGAAUGCUCUGGCCAAAAGGAUCAUGACGCAGAAGAUGAUUGUUUUGCUGAUAUUUUGAAUGAGGAUAUCAUCCAACUUGAUUACUCUUCACUGCGAGAAAGUCCUUCAUUGUUGCCAAAAAUCGACAAGAUGUCCCUGAUUGAGAGAACAUAUAAACAGAGGGAAAAUGCAAUGAAGGCUUCGGAGCUUCCUAGCCAAGGUACAGCACAACGGAGAAUCAGAUUAAAAAAGCAAGAAGUAAGGUUUUAUCUUGCAGCCCCAGAAGUAACUGAUGUAGAGAAAAUGAUAAGGCAGGACGCGAGGUAUUGUUUUAAAAGAAUGGAAAGUAUAUUUUCAGUUGGGACAGACACUAGGCUCAUAUUUAUGAUUUUCAAAAUCGUGGCCUUACUGGUUUUGUUCCUCCUGGUGCUCAGAUGCAUCAAUCAUCUCAAAAUGUUCACCUGUAAUAUCAAGCUGUGAAGAUUUUAUGGCAGAUGACUGAGUAUAGGAUGCUGUGGUUUCUUCAGUCUAGUUCUGAUUAAAUAUAUUUACCAUAAGAUGACAACUUAGAUAUGGGAUCCAUUCAUGUAGUAGCAGCCCCAAUGUAAUUUGAAUUU